AUGGAGUCUAAAGAACCCAGGGAAAUAAAUAUUGGUGCUUUGAAAAUAGUUCACGUGACAGAAGGAAAAGUGCUAGAGAUCUUAGAAAAUAUAACGAUGGAUAAAUACCUGGGACUAUAUCCAGUGUAUCCCAGGAUUUUCUGGGAAGUAGGGGUGGAAAUUGCUGGGCCCCUAACAGAAAUAACUAUAGGUGAGGUUCUGGAUGACUGGAGAAUGGUUAAUGUUGUGCCUUUGUUUAAGAAGGGACGUAAGGAGAAUCCUGGUGACAAUACACCUGUGAACCUGACUUUGGUGGUGGCACUGCGCAGCAAUGGUGCAGUGUGGUUGAUCGAAGCCCCGCUGAUUUUCAUAGGGGAGAAUACAAAUACCCUUUCAGGUUGUCCCCAAACAUCUCUGAGCCUGGAAGGUCCUGGUCCAGGGGCUGGGUAUCAUGGCAUGAAUGGCAGUAAUCAGUACUGCUGGUUAACAUGGACCAGUCAGGUCACUGGUCGAAUGGAAGUGAUAAUGAAUGUUAGCAUAGUUGUAUUAUAUUGUGAAGACCAAGUUUUCCAAACUCCAACUGUUCUCCGAGCAUUCAAGGGAGAAAGUGUUAACAUCACUUUUUCCAACUGGUCCAUUCGUAAGAAGGUUGAAAUGAUGCAUGUUUCCUGGUGGAGGAGUAAACAAGCCGAAAAUCCUGUAUGUAGUUUAACUUAUAUAAAUAAGAUGCAGAUACAGAAUCCUCUCUGUGAUAAUCGAAUGAGCAUCAUUUUGAAGCUCAAUGCUAGUGUUACUCACUUUAUCAUCCAAGAUCUCCAAACGAAUGAUUCAGAUCUAUAUUAUUGUAAGAUUGCAUUUCAUAUACCACCGCCUACUGUAGAAAUAGAAGGAAACAAAACAAGCCUCGUAGUGGCAGUUCCUCCAGUGGUUGAAGUUAAAUUUCUUCCUCAGCUUGAAAAUUGCCAUUGUGUACAACUGGUUUGUAAAGCAGAGAACCUCUAUUCUGGUGAUGUACAAAUGAGGUGGAGAAGAGAAAGAAAAGAAGGCUCAGUAUGGAUUGACUCUGGACCUAUUAUCAUCUCAAACAAUAGCAAUUCUGUAACAAGUUAUGUCAACCUCUCCCACUGGAAGGCAGGGGAUGUAUAUUCAUGUCUUGUGAAUCAGUCGAUGUUGCAAAUCCCUCUCAUUAGGAAACUCACCAUACCACUUGAUGAACAACAGGAAGGUAGAGAAUAUUUAUGGUGGGUAUUGUCUUCUCUGGGUCCGAUUCUCAUAGCUGCAGUUGUUUAUUUUCUACUAAAGUGUUCAAAAAAAGAACCUGAAGACAAUCAGAUCUAUGUUAAUGUUGGCACGACAUCAAGAACUCAAGAGACUCCUGCAUCAAGUCAGGGUUUUUAUCAAACUUCAAAUUAUAGCUUUAUUCAUCACUUUCCUUUGAGAAUAUAUGAAAAUACAUUUUAAUAAAAUGAAAUGGUGGCAAUGUUAUGAAAAGGAAGCAGUCAUUUCAUAAUUUGAUAUUGUUGUUUGUCUUAUUACUGUAUUAGAGCUGGGAUCUGGUCUACAUUUGGGACCACUUUGUGCAUUGUGUCAUAUAAGCUUUGAAGA